CAGUUCAUUAAAAGUUGUUAGUCCGAUUUGGCUAGACGUGCUAAACAUGAAGUGUCACCUCGCAAUAAUAAGUUUUCUAAUCGUGGUUUACGAAAACAAUGCAAAUUUCGUAAAGGAUUAUGAUACAGAGUAUUAUAGCAGCUCUGUACAAGGCUUACUAAAGCUUUUAGAAGUGGAGGAUGAGCUUGUAAUAAAUUUGACGGGCUUUGCAGAUGCCUUGCAGAAAAAGUUGGAAACACUACAAAUGUUUUUAAGGACAAUUGACAGCGCUGCUCAUGCAACAGAGAAAGGAAGAGAAGAAUACAUCUCAAAUCCGAUGAGGGCAUUAGGACUCAUUCGACGUCUGCGGCAAGAUUGGCCCCAACUGGAAAUCUUUACAAAGGCGGAGGUGGGCAAAGAUCAACUGGAAACUAUGACAACGCUAUUGGACAUAGUGCCCACUAAUGAGGAUAUGGAUGCAUCGCUGCUGGGCAUCAGUCGCAUCGAGCUGACCUACGACCUUAAUCCCAUGGACGUGGCAGAAGGACGCCUGCGGGACAUGCAAUUCAACACUACGUUCAACACACGCGACUGUCUGGCAAUAGCCAAUCACAAAUAUGAGAUUGGUGAUUAUGCUCGGGCUUUAAUCUGGUAUCGCAUUGCUUUGAAGCGCCAACCUGAACCGAAUACCGAGCUCUUUGGACAGCCACUUGACGACGCAGUGCGUCAAAAUUUGUUUAAAACUCACAUGUUACUAGCUAUGCAAAUACUUCAAGCAUCAAUGAAUCCUGAAGAGGCUCAUGAGAAAGUCAAUGACAUAUUCAAAACACUCAGUUCAACUGAUUUGGAUAGCUAUGUGAACGAACUACUUAAUCAAGAUGAUGAUCAAUUGUUUAUGGAACUACAAUCGAUGCAGCCAAUUGCCACACCCGAAUUUGUGGGCUGUCGAGGACAUUUUCCCAAGCGCCACAAUCUCAGUUGUCGUUAUAACUUUACAACGACGCCAUUUCUACGACUGGCCCCACUUAAACUGGAGGAAAUCAAUCAUGAUCCAUAUGUAGUCAUGUAUCACAAUGUGAUCUACGACAGCGAAAUCGAGGAAAUGAAGCGACUAUCUCCACAGAUGCAAAACGGCUACAUACAUGGCUACAAGGCGAAUCAAACGAAGGUUACCGAUAUUGCAGCACGUGUUAACUGGCUGGUUGAGAAUACACCGUUCUUGGAGAGGAUGAAUCAACGCAUUACGGAUAUGACCGGUUUCGAUCUAAAAGAAUUUCCCUCGGUGCAGGUAGCAAACUUUGGCAUUGGCAACAACUUUGAGGCCCAUUACGAUUAUAUAUUUGGUAAGCGUGUGCGGAAAGAGGAUGUUGGAGAUCUGGGAGAUCGUUUGGCUAGUAUAAUAUUCUAUUCUAGCGAUGUGCCGCUAGGUGGCGCCACCGUAUUCCCCGACAUUCAAGUUGCAGUUCAGCCCCAAAAAGGCAACAGUCUCCUUUGGUAUAAUCUAUUCGAUGAUGGCACACCGGAUCCUCGAUCUCUGCACUCGGUUUGCCCCGUAGUUGUGGGUUCCAGAUGGACGCUCACCAAAUGGCUUCACACUUCGCCUCAGAUGUUCAUUAAGCGCUGCACUAGGCCAGUGAAAUGAAUAAAAGCAAACUUGUUUAACCUUUAGCUGACUCAAUUACAUUUUUCCCUUUUCUUGCUUGUAGUUGUUAUAUUUUAUUCAAAGUAAAAAUAAACUGUUCCGCCAUCCCCUUAUUGAUACCCAAAA